AAGAUGACAAUACACGAAAUGUACACAACACUAUAUACAAUGGUCAACCACCUUCCCUGUCUGUCCAUAGAUUACAGGCACAUUGAAGAAGCAUGAGCAACCUUUCACCACAGUUGAGGAGCAACACAAGAAUUUCAUGUGGGAUCAAAAAAAUGCCAUCUUUAGGCCCCCCUCUCACCUUAAUCUGCUCCCAUUAAAAACAACCUAAACACUUGUGCCGGGAGACAACAAACACAACUCCAACACCACAACUACCCCGCCCCCCACAUUUCUAUAUAUAUCCACCCCCCACCCACACAUCAACAACAACAACCCAACAUUCUUCUUCAUCCUCGUUGUCUUCCUCGUCAUGGUUUUGGGUCACGCAGAUCUUUAAACGAUUCUCCUGUUUCUGUACUGUCAUAUAUACUGCGGGCUAGAUAAGCUUGCCGCCGGGCGCUGGAUCGGACGGCGAUAUGAUCAUGAAAGAUGAUGGAGAGACUGGUUGUUUUGAUGUGUCUAUUGAGACGACGACGUCGUCUUCGUCUUCGUGUGAGAGGGCUAAGGCUUAUCAAGAAAUGCAAUCCAAUGCAAGCUCUAGCAGCAAUGAAGAAGCUAUCAACUGCAAGAAAUGGAUUUGCAGUUUCUUUCCCAUAUUUAACAAAAUCUUCAUCCGCGAGAUGAUGGCAGAGGCAUUGGGAACAUACAUAUUAGUGUUUUGUAUAUGUGGGAUAAUAUCAAACAUGCAGCUGAUGGGAGUGCAAGUAGGGUUGCUGGAAUAUGCAGCCACUGCUAGUCUUACAGUAAUAGUUGUUGUCUUCUCCAUUGGGCCUAUUUCUGGAGCUCAUAUCAACCCUUCAGUCACACUAGCUUUUGCAUCACUUGGCCCUUUUCCCUGGCCCAAGGUUCCCUUUUAUAUAAUGGCACAAGUGGGAGGUUCUGUAUUUGCCACAGUUUCAAGCAGGCUAAUCUAUGGAGUGGAAUAUGAGCAUAUGAUGACAAGACCACUCCAUGGAUGCAAUGCAGCCUUCUGGGUAGAAUUCUUGGCAACCUUCAUUAUUCUCUUCCUAGCCUCUUCAUUGUCUAGUGAUCCUCAAUUUACAGGGAAAUUGGCAGGAUUUGUUGUUGGAGUAUGCAUUGGUCUUGGAGUGCUAAUCUCUGGGCCAGUUUCUGGUGGGUCAAUGAAUCCGGCAAGAUCAUUAGGGCCCGCGAUUGCAUCAUGGAGCUUUGAUAGCGACUUGUGGAUCUAUUUCGUUGCUCCGACCACCGGAGCCGUCGCCGGCGUUUUCUUGUAUCGUCUUCUACGCCUCCAAGGCUGGACUUGCAAGCCUGCAGAUGCUUCUCCAAACACUCCCUUACAUAAUAAUUAUAAUAAUCCUUCAAAUUAACAAAAAAAAUCAUAUAUUAUAUUAUAUU